AUGCACCUUCCACGGGUACUAGCAGCAGCAGCCGCACUCAUAUCCUCAACCGUUCUCGCUCAGAAUGUCUCUACAUACCAUAAUCCUAUAAUCACCGGCUUCCAUCCAGAUCCGACCUGCACCUUUGUAGCCGAGCUCAACAACACAUUCUUCUGCACCUUCUCUAGCUUCCUCACAUUCCCUGGUUUGCCAAUCUAUGCGAGUCGAGAUCUAAUCAACUGGAAGCUCAUCUCGAAUGGCUUGAAUCGAGCAGAACAGCUCCCAGCGCUCGGCCUACUACCAAGAGGCUCCACUAGUGGCAUCUAUGCACCCACACUUCGCUACCGCGAUGGCAAAUUCUACAUCCUGACUACACUAGCCAACCAAGCGUUGUAUGGCACCAACUACACCCGCUUCGACAACUUCAUCUUGACAACGACAAAUAUCUAUCAGUCAUCCCACUGGUCCGAUCCCGUACGUUUUGAUUUCCCAGGAAUAGACCCUUCGCCUUUCUGGGACGACAACGGAACGACGUACAUGACUGGAUCAUACAAUGGCAUAGAGAUCCUACAAGCGCCCAUCGACCUCGACACAGGUGAGCUGCUGGGCCCGCUCGUUGACAUCUGGAAUGGCACUGGACUACCAUCGCCCGAAGCCCCGCAUAUCUACAAGAAAGACGGAUGGUACUACCUCCUGACGGCCGAGGGUGGUACCCGAGAGCGGCAUCGCUCGAAUGUCGCACGUUCGAAGAACAUCUUUGGACCAUAUGAGGGCGACCCAGCCAAUCCAGUGUUGAGCACCUACCUCAGUCCAUCAUACUUUCAGGCAGUGGGACACUCAGAUAUAUUUACAGAUGCUCUUGGUCAGUACUGGGCUAUUGCGCUCGCAGUCCGAGCAGGUUACAGCUACAACUUCGAUCCCUACAACUCACUCUUUCCCAUGGGCCGUGAAGCAGUCCUAACACCAGUCAAGUGGGCUACAGGGGAUUGGCCGCGAUAUCAGAACGUCUCCGGCAUAAUGACGGGAGACUUCGUGCUUCCCCAGCAUCCAGACCCCUCUACUGUGCCUAUGGAAGGCGAGGGUGUGCUCAGCGAGUCGAAUGAUGUGAUCGACUUCCCACCCAACAGCAGCUUACCCUCUCACCUGUUCCACUGGCGUCUGCCAGUCACAAAGAACUACGCUGUUUCGCCUCCCGGCCAUUCAAAUACUCUCCGUCUCGGCUCCUCGGUCCUGAACUUGACAUCCUUCGACGCCGACUCGACCCGUGGCGCGGGCCAGACUUUCCUCGCUCGUCGCCAAGCACACUCGCUGUUUCGCUUCAGCGUGGACGUCGAGUACGAUGGUCUUCUGACUCGUGAGGGAGAAGAACCCCAUAUCCGCUUCAGAGGUAUCAGUACUACUUCCUACCGCUUGCCGUCACGAUUCAAGUAUGUGGACGAAGCGUGGGCACUCCCUGACGAAUUACGAGGGCAACAAGUGAGAUUGCAGGUUGAGGCCGUCAAUACUACCCACUACGCGUUUAGUGCUGGUCUUGGUGGUGCAGUGGUGAACAAUACUCUUGGAGUCUUUGGGUGGGCACGAGGUAAUUAUCUUGUGCCGUACUAUUCUGGUGUCGUGGUGGGCGCAUACGCUACGAGCAAUGGCAGGUACGGUGAGAGUGCUUUCGAGACUUACAUCAGUCGAUGGAGGUAUACUGGCAUUGAACAGGUCAUUGAGCUACCGGCGGAUCAGCAGCCCAUCUACUGGGACUGA